AUGCGUUGCUCACGCAAAGGUUGUGGUACUGAAUACACGGAAGACUCCACAGACAAAUGCACUUACCAUCCUGGGGCUCCCGUAUUCCACGAAGGUCUCAAGUCAUGGUCGUGUUGUGCGGAGGUCUACAAGCCUGUUCUCGAUUUUGACGAGUUCAUGAAGAUUCCCGGUUGCACACAAACAGAUCGCCACACAAGCGAAGCUCCUCGAGUCGUUGAAGCACCCAAACAGACAUCUAGCCCCACAGUCACUAUGACUUCGAAACAAGAAAAUGGUCAAGAGGUUUAUUCGAGCGUGUCUAAACCCAAACCUGCUCCUUCCCCGUCACCUGCCCCGGCUCCAGCUCCAGUCGUGGUGAUCGAGGAGGAAGACGAUCUGGAAGCGUCCGUCAGUGUUGGUACCACCUGUCGUAGGAAAGGCUGCGGAGUCGCCUUUGUUAGCAACGAAGUCAACCGAUUAGGUGACGGAGAAGGUACUGUCUGCACACAUCAUCCCAUGCCCCCAAUUUUCCACGAAGGCAGCAAAGGUUAUCUGUGCUGUAAACGACGCGUGCUGGAGUUCGAUGAGUUUCUCAAGAUCGAGGGAUGCAAGCAGGGGAGACAUGUCUUCGCUGUGAAAAAGACUGACUCUGAGGCUGAACAAUUAACGACUUGUCGAAUGGACCACUACCAAACAUUAGAUCGGGUACAGGUUUCUAUUUUUGCCAAACAAGUAGACAAGACGCGUAGUCAAGUCAGAUUCGAGGAAAGCCAGGUCUCAGUGGACUUAUAUCUUCCUGGAUCGAAACGAUUCAUGAAGACUGUCGAACUAUUUGGACCAAUCGACCCUGACGCGUCGUCUUUUACAUUCUUCGGCACCAAGGUCGAGUUGAGUUUGAAGAAAAGCGAUACGCGAAGUUGGACUUUAUUAGAGCGUACCGAUAAGGACUUGGGCAACAUUGCCUUCACGUUUGGUGUGGGUGGCCGAACUGGAACCAGCGGCGCAAAGGAGAGUGUGUUGGAUGCAGCGACUGCCGCGAAGCGCAAGGUUGAGCCUUCCACGACUGACACGAAUCCGCAAUGGACGCCGCGACCCAAUGCUGAAGCAUCCUCUUCAAAACCUCGAGUUAGCCCAGCGCGCUCAUGGCCAUCCAUAUCCGCUACGCAACCGGAACCAGAAACUAGAUGGACACCACAAAAGCCUCAGUCUUUCUCCAGUCGUUUCCCUCCUCCUGCCUCUAAUUGGUCCUCCGCCGUCAAUGCACGCCCGUCACCAGACACCUCACAAUGGCGGCAGGCGACGUCUAAAACGUCCAACUUUCUUCCCAACUUCGACAACGACUUGCUUUCUAUCGCUCCUCGUCAAUCGCCUCUCCCUAGAACGAAAGAGCCUCCCAGGUUCAGCUCAACUCCCUUAGACCGAGAUGUUGCGCCCCAUUUGGCACCCGCAUUUGUUCCUCCACGCCCACCUCCUCAAAUGCGACCGCGACAGCCUUCGCGUAGAUUAGAUGCCGGUCAAUCGCAACCUGUUAAACAAGAAUUGGCUCCUCCACCAAAAACCUCCCAGACACCCAUGUAUCUUCCUCCUACCCCUGAACUGCGACCAGCUAGCCAACCUGCGAAAACGAAGAAAUCAUUCAAGGAACGUGGCUCACUAGUGACCCGCAACUCUGAACAAGACUCGACAGCCAGCGCGACUGAGACAAAACCAGUGAAAGUGAAAAAGGCCUGGGCUUAUGUUGCCAAGCGCAUCGAAGAGGACGUUUAUAUCCCCAGCACCGUCUCCGUUGGAGCUCUAGCCAGGCUACUGAACAUUCGCCUAGAGGACUUGCAAGAAAAGAUGUAUCAUUCGGGCAUGGAAGCGCAAUCUUCUUUCGACCACGUUCUGACCUCCGAUUACGCUGUGCUCCUGGCAGAAGAGUUUGGUCGUAAACCCAUUGUCAACGACGAAGCUGCAUUCGACUUAUAUCCUCCUCCUCCCCACCCUAACCCUCAAUCCCUUCCCAAUCGGCCACCAAUCGUUACAAUAAUGGGUCACGUAGAUCAUGGCAAAACAACGCUUCUAGAUACAUUACGUUCGUCCUCAGUUGCGCAAGGAGAGGCUGGUGGUAUCACCCAACACAUUGGAGCCUUUUCUGUUCCAGUUCCCUCAUCUCUCGCCAACGAAAAUGGUGUCCAGUCUAUCACAUUCCUCGAUACCCCAGGUCAUGCAGCAUUCUCAGCAAUGCGUGCGCGAGGCGCUCACGUUACCGACAUAAUCGUCUUGGUCGUCGCUGCAGAUGAUGGUGUAAUGCCACAAACACGAGAGGUCAUAGAGUUGAUCAAAAAGGACCGCGAGAAAGUCAGUGUUGUUGUGGCAAUCAACAAGGUGGACAAGCCAGGGGCCAAAAUUGAAGCCGUUCAAAAGGCUCUCCUCGUUGAGGAUAUUCAUUUAGAAGAAAUGGGCGGCGAUAUUCCUGCAGUUCAUGUCUCGGGUUUGACGGGCCAGGGUCUUCCCGAUCUCCUCGACACCAUUUCCCUUCUUGCAGAAAUACAGGAUAUAAGGGCAGAAGCAAGUGGUAAUGUGUUUGGCUAUGUGCUGGAAUCAAAGGUAGUGCAAGGUCUUGGGCCUAUCGCAACCGUGCUAGUGCUUCGCGGCGCUCUUGAGCCUGGCGCCCAUAUUAUUUGCGGAACCCACCAAGCAAGAGUUCGUCUAAUGCAAGACUCUAAUGGUCAGACGGUCAAACAUGCAUCCCCGGGUAUGGCUGUCACUGUCUCGGGGUGGAAGUCGUUGCCCAACGCGGGCGAUGAGGUCUUAGAGGCAAGCGAGUCAGAUAUCAAGCGAGCAUUGGUGAAUCGCAAACGCAAACUCGACAUCAACACAGCUAUGGCGGAUGUCGAAGCCAUCAAUGCGAGCAGGCAACAAGAGCGUGAACGGCGCCAGGCCGAAGCCGCCGCUGAGGCAGCUGGCCAAACCACUCCCACUGAGACCGUUGUAGAGGAACCAGCUGGUCCCAAAGAGUUGCGGCUGCUCAUCAAGGCUGAUGUCAGUGGCAGUGCCGAAGCUAUUGAAGGCGCUUUGCAAGGGAUAGGCAAUCAUUUGGCGCUCUCCAAAGUUAUCGGGUCUAGUGUUGGAGAUAUAACAGAGUCCGAUGUGAUGACCGCGAAGGCUGUUGGAGCUACUAUCGUCGGCUUCUCAGUCAACUCAAACCGUGCUGUAGAAAUCCUCGCCGCUCGAAAUGAGGUUCCCAUCGUCACGAACACCAUUAUCUACCGCUUGAUGGAACAAAUCAAGGAACGGGUAAUCCGCUUACUGCCAGUCACCUACGAAACAAAAGUUCUGGGGGAAGCCAAAGUCCUCCAGCUCUUCGAGAUCACAGUCAAGGGCAAAAAGCUCAAGACGGUCGCUGGCUCGCGUGUUGUCAAUGGUAUUGUUGAGAAAAUCAAAUCAGCCCGGGUUAUGAGGGACGGCGUCAUGGUCCACGAAGGGCCAUUUGAGACAAUGCGCCAUUUCAAAAAGGACGUUACCGAGCUGAGGAAGGGCACCGAAUGUGGUCUUAAUCUGGCGGGAUUCGACGAUUUGAGAGUGGACGAUGUGAUCCAAGCUUUCGAGCUCAUCGAGAAACCGGGGGUACUUUAG